AUGAGUGCACUUCCCUCGUCGUCGUCAUCGUCGUCGCAUCGUGCAAUCGGUUACACUCAACUAUCCCAGAUUGCAGAUACCGACAUGGCCAACCCCAAGCAUCCCGACCCGACGACGGAGUUAUUCUCCGAAGAUGGUGGCCAGCGGGGCGAUUUCCGGGCCAUUGACCCCGAGAGCGGCGUCAAACGGGGCCUCAAAACGCGGCAUCUCAGCAUGAUGGCGUUGGCUGGCAUCAUUGGUCCGGGUCUCUUGGUCGGUUCCGGAGGGGCACUGUCAAGUGGCGGACCGGCCUCGUUACUCAUUGGCUUUGGUGUCAUUGGCAUUAUCGCCUUUAGUAUCAUGCAGAGUCUGGGAGAGCUCACAACACUGUACCCAAGUGGCGGCGCUUUCACCAAAUUGGCAGACCGGUUUGUCGACAAGGCAUUUGGCGUUGCGGUGGGGUGGAACUACUUCAUCAUCUGGUUUGCUGUGCUUGCCAACGAGUAUAAUGCCGUCACCAGUGUUUUGGUCUUCUGGGGUCCUCAGGUCCCGGUCUGGGGGUAUUUCCUAAUUCUAUGGUGUGCCUUUCUGGCCUUCCAAUUGCUUGGCGUGGAAACCUUUGGUGAGGCCGAGUUUUGGCUGGCAUUGAUCAAACUUCUUGGUCUCACUGCGUAUUUCUUGUUUGCCAUCAUCUAUGUUUCCGGUGGGAUCAAGGGCGCGGAUGCCAUUGGGUUCCGCUAUUGGCACGAUCCCGGUCCUUUCGUGGAAGGCUUCCGAGGUGUCGCGACAGUGUUUGUCUUUUGCUCCACAUUCUAUGCAGGUGUCGAGUCCGUCGCUGUCGCCGCCACGGAGACAAGGAACCCCAAGGUUGCCGUUCCGCUGGCCAUUCGACAGACGUUUUGGCGCAUUGUUUUCAUCUACAUGGGAUCGGCCUUCUUUUUUGGCCUGACAUGCCCUGCCAAUGCCGACGAUCUGACCAACGGAGCUAGCAGAGCCCUCAAGAGCCCAAUGACUAUCGCCAUUCAAAACGCCGGAUGGGAAGGUGGUGUUCAUUUGAUCAAUGCCUUUAUAUUGGUCACUUGCGUUUCAGCAAUCAACUCUUCCAUCUACAUAUCAUCACGGACCCUACUCUUCAUGGCGCAGGAUGGAAAGGCCCCGAAGAUUCUCGGCAAGACUGAUUCUCGAGGUGUUCCCAUUCCAGCUAUCGUCCUUGCAAAUGCAUGCGGUGCUCUCAGUCUCAUGAAUAUCAGAACAGGCUCGGCUGAAGCGUACAAUUACAUCGUCAACUUGAGUGGCGUUUCAACAUUUCUGGUUUGGGGAUCAAUCUCCUUUACGCAUAUACGAUUCCGAGAUGCUUGGAAAGUUCAGGGUAAUCGCGAAGAGGAUCUGCCAUUCAGAUCUUCUCUAUAUCCGUGGAAUGCCUACUUUGGGUUGGGAGCUAAUAUGUUUCUGGCUCUAGUCCAGGGAUGGACAACUCUCAGCCCUUUCGAUGCAGGCAGCUUUGUUGAUGCUUACAUCUUGCUUCCCCUCUUUCCCAUUAUUUACUUUGGUUACAAACUUGUCUUCAAAACAAGAUUUUGGCGAGCUGAAGAGAUAGAUCUGCAAUAUGGACAACGGCGCGAUCUAGACGAGGUGAAGGAGUUGAGGACGGGUGAACUGGAAGGUCACCUUCCGUUCUGGAGGAGACUAUUGAAGAGUUUCUGA